CCAUUGAACGAGCGUUGCGCGUCAUAGUAGCAGCUUUGGUUGUACUACCUUGCAUCAUAAUAGCUAACGUUUCUGUUGUGAACAUUGGAAAGAUUGUUAUGUACGAGAGAGGAUCUUCAGCUGUGUGCAUGAUCAUAUCUGCUACAUUUAUGGUUAAUCUGUGUAGUCAACCAUAACCACCCAGGUCACGUGCAGUAGGUGGGACUGGGAAGUUUGUACUUUGCGCGUGCUCACUGACUUGAUACCAUAUCAUCGAGGGUUCGGUCUUGUAGCCGGUUGUCACAAUGUCGCGUGAACUUCCUCUGCGCCGGAGCAAAACGCUGACUGCUCUGAGAGCAACCCAGGGAGACCAGACAACUCGUCUUCAAAUAAAGAAUCAGCUGGAGCUUGACCUUCUAGACGAAAUUCGGAAUUUCGCAAAGCAACGCUCGAACAUCGAGAAGGAGUAUGCUCAGAGCAUGUUGAGGCUGACGUCCCAAUUUCUGCAGAAGAGAGAGGUCAACUCACUGUCUCCUGCAGAAGAACACAAUGGCAAUAGAUCUGUAUCCGAGGUUUGGAGAUCAUUUUUGGAAGAGACCGAUGCCAUGUGUAAAACUAAGAUGUCUAUUGCUGAGCGGUUGGCAACAGAGGUUGCUGAACCUGUCAAGUCUGAGAGGCAGAAUAAGAGUCAGCAAUUCAAGAAGUGCCAUGAUCUUUCAAGCAGAAUGCAUGCAGAACUGCAGCAGUCACUGCGAGAUGUAUCUAAGGCUAAGAAAACAUACAGAGAGUUGGAGAGCAUUGCAUCAGCUGCUAGAAAAAACUAUUUUGAAGCACAAGAUCGGAGGAAUAGAAAGACAAUGCGUUUCUACCAGUCAAAAUCUCAACUGGAAAAGAAGUUUGCCCAAGCAGAAUCAAAGCUGCAACUGUGUGAAAAGCGUUCCGUGGUAGCUCGUAACGAGUACAUUUUGUCCCUCUCUGCUCUCAAUGCACAUCAGGAGAGAUAUUAUGUUACUGAUAUACCAAGUCUGAUGCAGACAAUGGAUGCUGAUUUGUUUGGAAAAUUACGAGAAUGGUUUAGUCUAAUGGCAGACAUGGAAGUAAAAGCAUCAUGUUCAUCUUUGGAAAGCUACCAAAGAUUGCACAGUCAAGCUGGAAUGAUUAGUCGAGAAUUUGAACUGAAGUCAUUUUUACGUGCUAAUCUACAGCUGGUGGAAUUUAACAGAUUUGCAUUUGAGCCACACAAGGACGAUACUGUAAAUCAGUUGGUGCAGGAAUAUGAAGCUGAUGUGAUACUGAACAAAGAGGCAAGGAAAUGUGCCACAAAAAUUACGAAAGAAUUUCGUACCAUUCGUGAGAAGACCAAAGCAUUGCGAGGCUUGCAGACUGUGUCCACUGCUUACACAACGACUCCUGAGUUUGGCAGUGCUGAUGCUCAAGUCGACGUUGAUCAACAAAUAGAUGAUAUUCAAAAUGCAAUUCGUAAGGCUGAGAUUCAGAAAUUGAAAGCAGAAGCUAGAUUAGUAGUUUUGAGAGAUGCUGGAGUGGAUGUCGAUCAGUGGAAGAAGUCAGCCGGUGUUUCAGACUCUCGAGAGAAUCUGCUCAAUGUUGGGGACAGUAACAUGUCUGGAAGUCUUUUGUCUCUUGAGACGACAAGCGAAGCACCAAAUGGAAGUGUCGACUUUGAAAGUUCUCCAGAAGGAUCAUUUGGCGAAAAUCAAUUUACUGGCUUAGAUGACGAUGAUGACGAUCAAAGUUCAAAUCGCCAUUUCGACAUGCCACGCAAGGGUAUCGUCUUGUAUGACUACGAGGCAACUAAGGAGGAUGAGCUGUCAAUUCAUGAAGGAGAGGAGGUGUCGGUUCUUUGGUAUGAUGGGUUCGGAUGGUGUAAGGGUUGUAAUUCAUUAGGAAUCGAAGGGUUCUUUCCUGAAUCCUAUGUCGAAGUUUCCGAGGAGUCGCCACCUCAAGAUUUGACAUUUCAGUCUCAAAAUGAUGCCGACACUACGCUAACUGAUGAAAGAGUUCAAGACAAUAUUCGAGUGCUGAGAGCUCUCUACUCUUACAGGGCAAGCGGCAAUGAUGAACUUUCUUUUCCUGAGGGAGCAAUCAUCAAGUUACUACGCAAAGAUGACAACGGUGUUGAUGAUGGGUUUUGGGAAGGCGAAUAUGAAGGUCGUGUUGGAGUCUUUCCAUCUAUUCUUGUGGAGCAGGUAGACAGUGUGAGCAGUUUGGACUCGGGUAGUGCUUUCUCACCUCCUGGGGACUACGUACUGCCACCAAUGAGCGAUUUGGUUUCUGGGUCACCAAUCUUGCAGUCUCCUUUAUCUGCACGCGAGUCACACGAGUCUAGUAGUUUUGAUUGGCGUUCGAAAGCGCCUCCUACUCCUCAGAUAUCUGUCAGUCGACCAGCCGAAGGUUCAUUUUCUGGGAGUCGUCGUCCACUGUCGUACCAAGGAAGGGCAAAGUCUUUGCCACAGUCUUCAUUCCAUUCACAAACACCGAGUCGUCGAGGCACUGUUUCACAUCAAUCUUCUACCCAAUCAGCCAGUGUGAUGCACUCUAUGCCUGAUUGGAGCAAGUUUUCAGACGAUUUGGAGUCUUACGUAUGAUUGAUUAAUUUAAUGGCAAAUCAAUCAAUUGAAGUUUAAACUUGUGUUCAUUAACUGACAGAAAGAGUUGUUAGUACAAUUAAUUACACAGUUAUGUUGAUUAUGUUCCAGAUAACGCUGUCACAUACUGCAAUUUAUGGAGAUAACCUAUAUAGUACGUUUAGCUAUUAUUUGUCAUAACUUUAGUAAUGGCUUGAUACUUGAAAUACAAUACAAUGAACUUUUGCUGUGGAGUAGCUUGCUUGCUGUGUAUGGUGUUCAAUUCAUUAAAAAGUUUUGUUCAGUA